CGCGUUUGGAGCUUCCCUUCCCUCCUUCGCCAACCGCUUUCUCCCCGCAAAUGAUCUUCAUCCGACGGUGGAAUCCCCGACAACCGCUUCGCACAUGGCCGCUGUUCCUCACUUAAGGCACCCAUUUCUCCCGGUCGGGACAUAAGCUUCUGGCGAAACACGAACGUGCAACACAAAGCUCACUCCGAUUUCUCCGUCCACGCAGGCUCAUUCCCCCACGAUGCCGCCGCGAAGACCGCACCGUCACCGACCCUUAACUGCCGCGACCGCGGUGGGUGCCUGCUCGCUCGUCCUACCCACCGUGACUCUCGUCCGACUCUACGCCAACACCGGGUCUCUCUUCCCGUUCGCAUACACGUCUGUUGUCAGCGGCAUAACAUUUCUGCUGUAUGGGUACGAUAAGAUGCAGGCGAGGAACUUGGAAUGGCGAGUAAAGGAGGCGACAUUGCAUAUUCUGGAGGUGCUGGGAGGCUGGCCGGGGGCGCUGGUUGGACAGCACUACUUCCAGCAUAAGACGAAGAAGACGACGUUCCAGAUACCGUUCUGGAUGAUUGUGCUGGGCUGGCAAGUCGUGUGGUGGGCUGUCUGGAGUGGUGGAGUCACGGUGCCUUGAGCGGGCAAUAAGAUGGACUAGAAGGAGAAUGAUGUUUCGUGGUUUACCUAGGAAAUGCGUAUCCACUGCCGAAUACCCAAUGCCGCCGGAAUAUCAAUGUACCAAGUCCGACCCUCCAAGGAACGCAAAGCCAUUACCCAACCGGUACUAAGACGCCCGGUCCAUUUAUUCGUGCUUCGUUUGUGUUGUCGUAGACUCG